GUGCGAUUGAGAGUAAAGAUAAUCUGAACCCAAAUCGCAGACAAACGAGAAGGUAUUUCACUAUUUUGAAUGCGGAGUUCCUAUUUUCUUGAACUGCGCAGUUUCUCAUCUCAGAACCAAAGAGCAACGCGUGCUACCGAUAGUUUUUUAGAGAGAGAAAGGAGGGAAGAGAGAGAGAAUGAGGGGAACCAAGAGGCCGAUCCACGCGGUGACGACAUGGUUUCGCCGGCAACCGCCGAAGAUGAAGGUAUUUGUGGCGGUGCUAUCGGGCAUGGUGGCUCUGUUGUUUCUUCGAAUGGUGGUUCACGAUCACGACAAGCUCUUCGUCUUCGCCGAGGCCGUUCACGCCAUUGGAAUCGCUGUUCUCAUUUACAAGCUCACGCAAGAGAAGACAUGCGCUGGAAUUUCACUCAAAUCACAGGAGCUAACUGCUAUGUUUUUAGCUGUUAGACUCUACUGUAGUUUUGUCAUGGAAUAUGAUAUACAUACGUUUCUUGAUUUUGCUACACUGGGGACAACUGCCUGGGUCAUUUAUAUGAUUCGUUUUAAAUUGAAGGCCACUUACAUGGAUGAAAAAGACAACUUUGCAAUUUAUUAUGUGGUGAUACCAUGUGCUCUACUCUCUUUUGCUAUUCAUCCCUCGACAUCACAUCAUAUUUUUAAUAGGAUUUGUUGGGCCUUCUGUGUUUAUCUAGAAGCGGUAUCAGUAGUGCCUCAGUUACGUGUCAUGCAGAACACAAAGAUUGUUGAACCAUUCACAGCACAUUAUGUCUUUGCGUUGGGUGUUUCAAGAUUCUUCAGUUGUGCACAUUGGAUUAUCCAGGUAUUGGAUACUCGGGGACGCGUACUAACUGUUUUGGGUUAUGGCUUGUGGCCUUCCAUGGUCCUCCUUUCUGAAAUUGUUCAAACAUUUAUUCUUGCUGAUUUCUGCUACUACUAUGUUCAAAGUGUUCUUGGCGGGCAACUUGUGCUACGUCUUCCCUCAGGAGUGGUGUGACUUCAAAUAUCUUGUAAAGAAUUAGCCAAGUUCAUCAACAAAUUACUUAUAACAUGGGGAUAAGAAUUAGAUGGUAUUUCUCUUAGUCUUAUGUCAUUUUGGCAUUCAAAGGUAAUUUGUGCCAUUUUCUUAUCUUUCAUGUAAAGUUGGGAUGUUUUUGUGUUGUGGUAGAUAUAUAAUCUAACACCAAAGAACAUAUUUACAAACAGUUUUGAACAAGAUUUUAUUGUUUAAGAAGUCAGCUCUUUGAUGAAGUGGAUCCCAUGCGUUAUUCGCUGAUGGGUGUAGCACUCCAUAUUAAUUUUUGUGCAUCAAUUUUUAUUUUGUAGAUGGUUCCAGUGUAGAUGAAAUGGAAACUAAUGCAGAUUUAGGGUAUGUAAUAGAAGCAUUUAUCUUCUCCCCUGUUC